GCGCCUCCAGCAGCUGGGGAGGGAACAGGGAACGUGAAUGGGCAUGCGGGGAUUGUGCGUGGUGAGGUAGAGCGUGGGGUGUGUGUGUGUGGGGUACAGUACGUGCAUGUGUGUGCGUGUGUGUAGGGGGGGUGAAAGAUUGGGGAAGUAUGGCUGGGUGAGUGGCUGGCUAUUAUUGUAGGGACUCAACCAAAGACGACGCGCACGGACCUACAACUGGCUCCGCGCUCGGCCUUGUUUACCUGCGAGGUGGCACGGGGUGACCCGCUCACGUCUUUGUGCCACGUUGGUUCCUAAUGGCCAUCCUCACCCAGCGGGGGAUGGGUGUGGGGGGCAGCCACGAGCCACUCUCUUCUGAUAAUUAACCCGACCCGCAGCUCCCUCUCCAACCCUUCCAACUCCCCGUGCCAGCUCCCGCCCAAAAAACCACCCGGUCCCCCUCCACCCACAGUCGUCGUCCUCCUCCCACGGUGCGUCCCCUGAAGGUGUUGCCACUUCAUCCACCGCGAACUUUGAUGUGUGCCCCCUCGCCCGGUGCAUGGAGGCCAGCGCCGCGUUGUUGACGUGCGGCGCGUAUCGGAUUUCGUGGCGCGGCACAGCGGCUGGGGGCCGCAGGCUCCGUCCGCAGUCGUCGUGCGGGGUCCCCCCCCAUCCCAUCCCUCGUCCCCCAUUCCUCCCACGUCCCCCCAGCAGCCGCCCACGUUGGUCGGGCCGCGUUGGCCGCAGCGUCGAGUCCACGGGAGCUGCGCGCCACGGCGCUCGGGGAACGGAGCGAGGCGGCGCCGGUGGUGAUGGUGCCAGGAGGAGGACCCCACCAUGAACCCGCCGUGGAUUUCUGUCUGCGUCACUGCCGCGUUGAUCCUCGGGCUGCUGCUGCUGCUGGGUCGGGGGCCCCGGGCCGCGGCCAGGCCCACCGAGACGAGGACGCGCUGCUCCGCGCCCGACGAGGGCCUCCCGUGGCCUCUGCGUAAUCCGUGCUUCCUCGCGUGUCUCCGGGACCACUACUUCCCGCACGCGAUGGAGUCGGAGAGACUGAGCGCCUUCCCGCUGCGGCCAGACGCCGCUGGCUGCUGGACCCUGAACGCGGCCCUGGUCGCAACGUUCGCGCAUUCGGACUGCGCAGCGCGCGUUCUCAUCCAUGCCGAGUUCGCGGACCCAGGCUGCGCCUCCCCUCGCGGGGGGCCCUCGCCCAGCCUGGCGCCGCCCCAACCCAGCAAGCCGCCGAUGCUGGUGGAGGCGGCCGGGGACCCUGGUGGGACCGCUCUUCUCCGCCCGCAGGAGCACCGCGCGGCGUUGGACCGGGAGCGCUACUGCGGCCACGGCUACGACGCCACGGGGGUGUUCGUGCUGGGGGCCCCGAUGCGCGUGUGUGGGCCCUGCACGCCCUACAACUGGACCUUGCCCGGCGCCGAGUGCGAGAGGGGCUCUUACCCCCCGGUCCUCUGCGGACCCUUCAUCACCGUGCUUUGGGGGGCGUGCCACCCCACGACCUCUUGUGUGCCGGUCGUGGACUAGGGGAAUCACCCCAUGUCUCUAUCUCCAACUCUGGACUCUGAACUCAUGAGGAACAGUGGGGCCUCUGGGACAUGGGGGCAGAGGCCCCAGUGGGCCCCGGGGGGGUUUCUACAAGUGAAGCACAGGGCCCACGUGGCUACUGGAGUUGCGCCCCCACGCCUGUGGGAUAGUCCCCCCCCCCCCCCCCCGGUCCCAUGGUGUGGUUUUGGUUGAGGAGGCGACCUAGAGUUUGUGGUUGUAUUCGUGAUGGUGGGGUACGAAUAAUAAUCUACACUGCUAUUAACGCCUUUCAUCUGGAGGUCACCACGUGGCGGGGUGAGAGGUGGAGUGAGGGAACUUGAGGCGAGAGGGUUAAGGGUGCAUGGGGUGAGAGUAUGUCGAGGUGAGUGUAGUGAGCAGCGCUCCAGUUAAGCUGUGCAGUACGUGGUUAUGUUUGACAAUUAAUGAGUGCGAUAGUGACUGCACAGCUAUGCUGCUGCUGAGCUCGCGUGGCAGAGAGAACAGAACGGAGCAGAGGGAGGAGCGGCCUCGUGACCCUCACGGCCCGGGUUCAUUUGGCCACACAUUCCUCUAGGCUACAGCGGUAGCAGUCGUUCCUUGUGGAAUACAAAUAGUUUUUUUUUAUAUAAUACUACUGGUUCAAAAAAAUGAUCAAAACGUUGCUGAAAUAUUCGCAUUGAAAAACUCUGUCCGGGCUUUUUUUGACAGACCUCGCUCUUUGCACGGUAGUUGAACAGGAGGAGUUGAGUGAGAUCGCAGUCACCAUGGCUCUGGUCUAGCACUCCUCGCGCUGUGUUGAUCCAGCUCCCUUAGUGCUGCACAGUAAUCGCUGGGUAACGUCGGGGUAACGUCGCGUCCUAACCCUGAAACUGUAACAUCCAUCCCUCAAUACACACGGGAGCUCUUGUCUGGAGCGCUCGAGUGACGACCCGGGGUGAGUGGGGUGAGCGACUCGAUCAAGAGACGUUCUGGGUGAGUGAGAGGGGGUGGCUAGGGGUGUGAGGGGUGAGGUGAGUUGGGGAUGAGAGGUGAGCUUGAGGUGAGGUGGAGAUGAUGGGCGAGAGGGCCGCACUCACAGUGACUCGUGCCGGUGUGGAGUUCAGUGUUGGGCUGGCGAUGUAUUUGCCGCUUCAUACCUAUUUCCCCUUGCUCUCCCUGGAUCACUCACAACACAUUCCUCACCAUCGCCCUCCCUGCAAUGCACUUUAGGCUGAAGUUCCUCUGGGCCGGACUGUAGACGCAUCACGAUUCUCCCACGUUGAGUUGAUUACCGCAUUCAUCGUCGUACCGGCCACUCGUUUGUCUUUGCCCGACCCACUGUUGGCUUUGGGCGCGGCGUGGGCUUGGAUCCGCUGCUGUCGCUGCUGUAUCUCUGCCGUAUUGUGGUAAGUUUCCGAUUUUUAAGCCCAAUUUAGGAUUUUAUUCCCAUAUUUACAUAUUUAUAUUCAUCGCAUUUGCAUUUCCUUUCAUUGUUUAUUCGCUAAAAUGUAAUCAUGAUUUUUAAUAUUAAUUAUUUAAUGGGUUGAGAAUAGGUUUUCCCCUUUUUUCUGGCAACAAAACACCAAACUAAAAACCUUUUGCAAGGAAUCAUGCCUGCAUUAACCACAAUACUUGUGGUCAGAAUGCAAACAAAAAAACAUACUCUGAUAAUAUGUCCAUUGUCUUUGAAACUUAUUGGUCCACACCAGAGACGGCUUUCUUUCGAACCUCGUCUCAAAAGGUGUUCGAUCAGAGGACGCCAAAAGAAAGCUGUCACCGUUUGAGACAAGGUUCAAAAGAAAGCUGUCUCUGGUGUGGACCAAUCAGUUUCAAAGACAAUGCAUAUAUUAUCAGAGUAUGUUUUUUUUGCAUUCUGACCACAAGUAUUCUGGUUAAUGCAGACAUGAUUCCUUGUAGAAGGUUUCAGUUUGGUGUUUUAAGAGCUUAACACCUGUUUUGUUGCCAGAAAAAAGGGGAAAACCUAUUCUCAUAUUUUGGUACUGGCAAAGGAGGUCCCAAAAUGUAAUGUUUUUUCUCUGUCUCUCUAAAGUUUCAGUUGUGACGCGGUCCCAUUGUACGAGCGCGACGUCAUUGCCCGCAUACAAGACGUCAUGUGACAGCACUUAUGUCGGGGGGAGUGCCGUUAUGUAACCGCACUGGACAGGGGGGGAAGACGUCACUCCCGAGGGAUAUUUUUCGCGAUUCCUAAAUGUUUAGAGAUGGGGUGCGCGGAUUUGGGCCGAAUCCAAACACCGACAGCGCGUCCACAUGCUGCUGUUGCUGUUGUUGCUGCUCCUGUUGCUAUUGCUGUUGUUGCUGCUCCUAUUGCUGCUCCUGUUGCUGCUGCUGCUGCUUUUGCUGCUGCAAUGUCGCAGAUCUUGCCACAGCCGUGUUUGCCGCUGUGUCCGUAGCUGCUAUGUCGUUGUCUUUAGUUUAAACCAACAUAUCUUAUAUUCGUUGUUAUACAAACGUUUUUAGUGCGCUUUGUGAUGAUGCACGUGAGCAGAGAGGUUGUGUGUGUGUUGGAAGGCUGCUGCUGAGAGGCAGAGGAAGCUCACGUGGGGGAUUGCUCCAUAGGUAGUGGUGAUGAAUUUGUAAAAGGUGGGGAGGGUCCUGUUCCCUCCAAACCCGAGAAGCAGUGAAGAGCACGGGGUCGGGAGCGGGUUCGGGGUUGAGCUCGUACUAGUGUCUGGUUGGCCAGUUGGGGUUAGGGCUAAUAGGGUGUAGUUGGCUGGUUAUUUUUGAAGUGGCGUAGGACCAGCACUAGGUUAGGGGUCGGACAAGUACUUGUAAAAUUGGUUGAUUGGCUAAAGCUCGACGGUAGGAAUAAGAACCCGCGGUUGGUUGGCUGGUGGUAUACAUAACAUACCUGCUAUAAUCACCCAGGAAUGUCUGUCCUUAACGCUCGUGACGUCACUCCACAUCGAACAGCCCCCUCAUUAAUAAUCAUAAGGUGACGUCCUCCAAAUGGACCCCCCCCCAUUCAUAAUAAUUAGCGGCGUCAACUUACAACCCUCACUACAAAGGCAGAACCCUCACGUCACACGAUCUCCGUAACGCUGUUGAGACAUCAAAGUAAAAAGGACGUCAUGAUGAACAAGGGAUUAUAACCUUAAAAUGAAAUAGCUCUGUGUCACAGCGCCCUUACAAACUGCACACGUAUGCAGUGAAUAUCACGUCGUGGUCUGCUUUUCGCUUGCAUGUUUCAGAUUUACUGGACGGGCAAAAUGCUAGUUCGAUAAUAUUCGUGCCUGGAUGGUUAGGCGUAGAGUUAUUUACCAGUGUAUGAUAGGUUAAGGGUUGAUUAAGCACGCAGCCUCCUUAGUUGACAGAGCGCGUCUGGUCAAAUAACAGCGAACUUUUCCCAAAACAGCCUCGACAUUCGGACUACUGUAUUUCAGUCAUGAACCUUUGGCUUCGUGUGGCAGGAAACCAGAGAAAAUCCACCACGCAUAUGUGGGGUUGAGUUACGCACAAAGCUCUGCACAGAUGAGUUUAAAUAAUUCGUUUCUGUUUUUCCACCUUCUGGCCACCUUGCAUCCAAUAAUAACUAGAAAGUAUUUUCUGUAUUUAAAUAUCGUUUAAACGCAGCAGUGGAUCUUGCGGGAGCCGUGUCACCCAACGCGAACAUGCGACCGACCCCCUUCGUGGGGCCCCUUAGGAAGGGGGAGCAGCGAGGGUGGCCCGGGGCCCUGUGCAGGGAUCGAGGGGGUUCACAGUGAAAGGAUCCGGCCAGUGCGGAUUGUAAAGAAACGCAGAUACGCCAAGGGGCCAAGGGUUUAGAGAAGACGUCACUGGGAUUCAUCAGUCACACAAACACAUAAUUGCGAUAUUGAGUUGGCUACGAUGCACAAAUAACACCAAACGCAACAUAUUUGUCAUUAACACUGCCCUAGAGAAGGGAAACUAUAAUAGUUGACCUUUCACGCUCUUCCUCAUAGCAGAGCCAGAGAAAGGCCACAUAGUAGUAAUAUCUGCAGACUGCGCUGUGCCGCACAGCGUGGGGUCUCGUGGGGAGACUCGGGGUGCGGAAUCCGGGGGUCGUGUGGCUUACGGAGGGUCCCCGUGAGAGUCGUUGCGUUCGCAGAGUCGCGUCCCCUGUCAAUGCCACACGAUUUACCCCGUAUUCUUGUACGGGGAAAUUGAGUUUGUAGGUCCAUACGGCGUAUAGCCGUUUCAAUACGGGCAACAACAAAAAACUUUUUUUGUCUGUGACUUCUCCCUUGUGAUGGAAAUUUGUAGACUGAACGUUGAGAUUUAUAAGGGCACGGGGUGACCAAUAAGGGUCUAAAUUGGUCUGUAAUAAGAUAGGGCAUUGAUAAGGGCUUGACAGGUAUGGAGUAGGUGGCACCACUCCACUCACUGGGAGCUCGCGACUCGGGACUGUAGAGCGAGUUUCGUGAUUUGUGUGCUGCGUGGUGCACGGUGCGUUCUGCGCUAUAAACCCAGCGACCCGAGUUCGAUUCUCGCUCACGGCCAACACCGAUGACGAAUAAUUUAACCGGUUCCUGGGCUUCCCCUCGGUCGACUCCGCUUCAAAUGAGUACCUGGUGCGUUGCGUAAUAAACAUCGCCACUGGGGAGACAAAGGCAGCCGGGCGUGGUGCUGGCCACCCACCCCCUCGUGUACCGGCUUUCAUAGGUGCUCGCUAACAGCACUUGCCCCACCGGUCUGUUAAGUUUAUACGGGGGAUCUUUGUCUUUGUGCUGCACGGUGUGUCCUGCCGUGUCCCCUCGUGUGUUGCACCACGGUCACGGGGGGUCACAGGGGUCACGGGGGGUCACGGGAUGCCGUUCCGUGUUCUCCAGCCCACUGCAUUGCAGCAUUCUCGUGCCACCGGACUGGUCCUGACACUCCCUUCGUGCUCAAGCGGUACUGGUUAUGCAGUACUACUGGCACGUGGUGCAGUACUAUAGUAUUGUAUUACCCCUGUAUAAUGUAUUAGUACUCGUGGUAAUGUGUAUUCUGUAGAUUUUACUCUAGAUGCAAUGUUUUAAUGUAUGAGCACGAGUAUAUUCCGUAGUGUAUACUGGAGGUGUAUUUUAGUGUAUAAUGUAGGUUAUUGUAGUGUAUAAUGUGGAUGUAUUGUAUACUGUAGGUGUACUGUAGUGUAUACUGUGGGUUAUUGUAGUGUAUACUGUAGACGUAGUGUAUACUGGAAGUGUAUUUUUGUGUAUACUGUAGACGUAGUGUAAACUGUAGGUGUAUUUUAGUGUAUACUGUGGAUGUAUUGUAUACUGUAGGUGUACUGUAGUGUACACUGUAGGUUAUUGCAUACUGUAGGUGUACUGUAGUGUAUACUGUAUAUGCACUGUGCAUUGUAGUGGGGAGGGGGUUUUGAUAUACAGCGAGUCAGAGUUGAGUAGCGCAGUGAUGAUAAUGCGACUCGGGUUUUUAUACCACGGCGAGAGGCGCUUGGCUCUCUACAGCAAAUAAACAAAAACACCUUCA